AUGGUAGCCAUGAAAAAGGGUGCAAGGAGCUACGUAUGGUGGACCGGAAUCGACACCGUGAUCAAAGAAAUGGUGCGACAGUGCUGUGAGUGCCGUUCAACGCAGAAGAGCCCACCCAAAGCUCCUAUUCCCACCUGGGACCGUCCCCAGACACCCUGGCACACGGUGCACGUUGAAUUCACAGGGACACUAGUCGGGCCCACCUACUUGGUUGUUGUGUACGCACACAAAAAGUGGGUGGAAGUUCGGCACGUGAUGCAAGCAACAUCUGCGGUUGUCAUCGAUGUGCUUCGAAGCCUCUUUGCAAUGUUUGGCAUUCCCCGAAAGGUGGUCUCUGACAAUGGAAAAGCCUUUAUUUCCACCGAGAUAAAGCAGUUCUACACAGAAAAUGGCAUUCAGGCUAUAACAUCACCAGCGUACCACCCUGCAACAAACGGCCAGGCAGAACGCUAUGUGGCAGAGCUGAAGAGAGCACUCCUGAGGGAUACAGACAAGUCCAUACAGUGCUGA